CCGAAAAUCGCUCAGUGAGCACCCCUAAUUAACCUGAUUUUUUGCUGAUAAUCACUCACAAUGGAAUCAAAUCACAAAUCCGGGGAUGGAUUGACCGGCAAACAGAAAGAAGCUGCCCUCCGUGCAUUAAUUCAGCGAACAGGAUAUAAUUUGAUCCAGGAAAAUGGGCAAAGAAAAUAUGGAGGUCCACCACCUGGUUGGGAUGGCCCUCCACCAGAAAGGGGUUGUGAGAUCUUCAUUGGUAAACUGCCCCGAGACCUCUUUGAAGAUGAGCUUAUACCAUUGUGUGAAAAAAUUGGCAAAAUUUAUGAAAUGAGAAUGAUGAUGGAUUUUAAUGGCAAUAAUAGAGGCUACGCCUUUGUAACCUUCUCUAAUAAACAGGAGGCAAAGAAUGCAAUAAAACAACUCAAUAAUUACGAAAUCAGGAAUGGGCGUCUCCUUGGGGUCUGUGCCAGCGUGGACAACUGCCGUCUGUUUGUGGGGGGGAUACCCAAAACAAAGAAGAGGGAGGAAAUCUUAGCAGAAAUGAAGAAAGUCACAGAUGGCGUGGUGGAUGUCAUCGUGUACCCUAGUGCAGCCGAUAAGACAAAAAACCGGGGCUUUGCUUUUGUGGAGUAUGAAAGUCAUCGGGCAGCAGCGAUGGCCAGGAGAAAACUGUUACCAGGUAGGAUCCAGUUAUGGGGACACCCAAUUGCUGUUGACUGGGCAGAGCCGGAAGUUGAGGUGGAUGAGGACACCAUGUCAUCAGUAAAGAUUCUCUAUGUGAGGAACCUCAUGCUAUCAACCACUGAAGAGACCAUUGAAAAGGAAUUCAACAACAUCAAACAAGGUGCAGUGGAGAGAGUAAAGAAAAUUAGAGACUAUGCCUUCGUGCACUUCCAUAAAAGAGAAGACGCGGUGGAAGCAAUGAAAGCGUUGAAUGGGAAGGUGCUAGAUGGGUCCCCCAUUGAAGUGACGUUAGCCAAACCCGUUGACAAAGACAGCUACGUCAGAUACACCCGGGGCACCGGGGGACGAGGCACCAUGUUGCAAGGAGAAUACACCUACGCCUUUGGACACGUGUAUGACCCUGCCACCACUUACCUCGGUGCUCCCGUCUUCUACGCACCCCAAGCCUACGCAGCUAUCCCCAACCUUCAUUUCCCUGCUGCCAAGGGGUUAACCAACAGGAGCAUUAUCCGACCCCCAUCCAUUCGAGAAAUUUACAUGAAUGUACCUGUAGGGGCUGCGGGAGUUAGAGGACUAGGAGGUCGCGGCUACCUGGCUUACACGGGCCUGGGGCGCGGAUACCAGGUCAAAGGAGAAAAGAGGGGAGAGGAUAAACUCUACGACCUCUUGCCAGGAAUGGAGCUCACACCGAUGAACCACAUCACUUUAAAACCCCAAGGGAUCAAGCUUGCUCCUCAGAUCUUAGAAGAAAUUUGCCAGAAAAAUAAUUGGGGACAGCCUGUUUACCAGCUGCAUUCUGCAAUCGGCCAAGACCAAAGACAGCUGUUCUUGUACAAAAUCACGAUUCCCGCCCUUGCCAGCCAAAACCCUGCUAUACAUCCCUUCACACCUCCCAAGCUCAGUGCAUAUAUCGACGAAGCCAAGACAUAUGCAGCAGAAUAUACCCUGCAGACACUGGGGAUUCCCACGGAAGGGACAGAGGUGCCUCCAGCAGCACCCGCUUUUCCAGGAUACACCAUUGCUAACGCAGCUGCAACUGUCACAGCCACCCAGCUCAAGCAAGCAAUGACAAUGGGACAGGAUUUAGCCACUUAUGCUGCGUACGAAGCCUACCCCACCUUUGCAGUAGCUACGCGCAGUGAUGGCUAUGGGGCAUUUUAA